GCCUCCUCUCUGCCUGCAGGCUGAUAGGAAUACCUGAGCUCUAUAAAAACACUUCUGGACUGCCAGCAUCAGUCAUAGAGAUCAGCACUGGACCGUGAGAGCUGCACACCGAUACCCAGGUACCACUGAAACUCGGAUACUGCCGGUACUUGGGUACCACUGGCAUUCAGAUAAUACCAGUAUUCCCAUACCACCGACUGCCAAGUACUACCGACGUUCAGGUACCACCGACACCAAGGGACUACCUCUGAUACACAGGCCCAGAAGCUGGCAAGCGUUCCAAUCGCACGAUGGGUGAGGCCAGGAAGCGAAAAGAGGUCAAGGAUGACGGAGCUGAUGGCCAAUCAGUGAAGAGCGUGGAAUCGGACACUUUACAGCUAAAGAAACGGGUUGGUCUGUUCAGUGGGAUCAGUCUUAUUGUUGGAACAAUCAUUGGAUCGGGCAUCUUCAUUUCCCCCAAAUCUGUCCUCCGUAACACAGGCGCCUUGGGACCAUGUCUCAUUGUCUGGGCCGGCUGUGGAGUAAUUGGCAUUUUAGGUGCACUGUGCUUUGCAGAAUUGGGUACGAUGAUCACCAAAUCUGGUGGGGAGUACCCCUACCUCAUGGAGGCUUUUGGUCCCAUCCCAGCGUUCCUCUUCUCCUGGGCUAGCGUCAUCGUCACGAAACCCUCGUCAUUUGCCAUCAUCUGCUUGAGCUUUGCUGAAUACGCAUCGGCACCAUUUUAUCCUGGCUGUGAGCCCCCGCAAGUGGUCAUCAAAUGUCUGGCAGCAGCAGCCAUAAUGAUGAUUACAGUGGUGAACUGUCUGAGUGUGAAGUGGGCCAGCUACCUCCAGAACUUCCUCACGGUGGCCAAAAUGAUCAUUGUCAUCAUCAUCAUCGUUAGCGGCAUCGUGCUGCUGAUUCAAGGAAACACACAGAACUUUGAGAACAGCUUUGAAGGUUCUUCCAUCACAGCAGGAGGCAUCGGCCUGGCUCUGUACAAUGGUCUGUGGGCAUACGAUGGAUGGAACCAGCUCAAUUAUAUUACAGAGGAGCUUAAAAAUCCAUACAGAAACCUCCCAUUGGCCAUCAUUCUUGGGAUCCCCUUGGUCAUGGCCUGUUACCUGCUGAUCAACAUUGCCUAUUUCACUGUGAUGACCCCAACAGAGCUCCUUCAGUCUCCGGCCGUCGCUGUGACCUUUGGGGAUCGUGUUCUGCACCCGGCGGCCUGGUUAGUACCUCUGUUUGUGGCCUUUUCAACCAUCGGAUCAGCCAACGGAUCCUGCUUUACUGCUGGCAGGCUUACAUACGUCGCAGGCCGUGAAGGUCACAUGUUGAAGUUUUUAUCUUACAUCAGUGUCAAGCGCCUGACCCCGCUACCGGCCAUUGUGUCUUAUGGUAUCAUCGGAAUGAUUUAUAUCAUCCCAGCGGAUAUCAACACCCUCAUCAACUACUUCAGCUUUGCCGUCUGGAUAUUUUAUGGUCUAACAAUCGCCGGCCUUAUCGUAAUGCGAUUCACCAAGAAAGACAUGAAAAGGCCAAUCAAGAUUCCAAUUGUGAUCCCCAUUUUGAUGGUUCUGGUCUCUGCCUAUCUGGUAAUAGCACCCAUUGUGGAUGAGCCAGAGUGGGCCUAUUUAUACUGCGUUAUCUUCAUCCUCAGCGGACUCAUAGUCUACUUCCCAUUUGUGCACUACAAGGUCAAAUGGGCACAGAGGAUAACGAAGCCAAUCACUAUGUACGUACAGAUGAUCAUGGAGGUGGUGCCAGCGGAAGAAUCCAAAAAAUAAAGGACGCUGUGAAGCGUUAGCGCUGAUACUCUGGACACUUCUGUACAUAUUGUAAAUUAAACUUUCGAGAAGCAAACGCAUCAAAAUAUUCUGUUUUCCAUGGAGCAGGAAUCGGCGAUGUCUGCAGUGACCAGGAAUGAAAAGCUGGAUAAUUCAGCUAAGAUGGGAACUCACCAAUUAGCAGUGGGCCUACGGACAAGGAUGUUUUUGUUUUUAUGAAUUUCAGAAUUUGGUUUGUAAAAAAAAUUCUACACACCUAAAAUCACUGAGCAGCUGUGUGACAUCCUCAAUCAGCACAACCCCCGGCCUCUAUGCACAUAAUAGGGGGUUUCUUGGACAUUUCAAUCAGUUUUUUUUUUUAUGUGUAUCUAAUCACAAUGUAUAUAAUGUGUUCUUAAACAAUCCUGGUGUUUCUGUACAGUUUACAAUAAAAUUUGUACAUGGGUCAGUUA